AUGGAAAUUUCUCCGAUCAAUUUCCUCCAUGGAUUCACUAUAUUUUGUGUCACCUUGUUGGUUCUAUUCAUAUCAUCUUUUGCAUUAUUGUCUUGGAUUUUGAGUCGGGUACUUGGUGCAUCCGUUGGAUUUUGCGUUAGUGGAUUUAACAGUUUAAAAGACGUGGAAUUGAAGUUUAAGAAGGGUGGUGUUGAAUCUAUAUAUGUUGGUGAAAUUAAACUUAGUUUCCGUCGUUGUUUGGUUGAUCAUGGUGCGGGUUUUAGUUCUUGGGACCCAAAGUUGCAACUAAUAAUAUGCAACUUAGAAGUUGUUACACGACCUCCAAUUAAAAGCACUGAGGUAAAAAAGAAGAAACCUAAAAAAUCCAGCGGUGCUUCUUCUGGAAAGGGAAAAGGAAAGGGAAAGUGGAAGACUAUAAGCACCAUUGCAAAAUAUUUCUCACUUUCUGUCACAAAUAUAGCUUUGAAGACACCUAAAUUUAGUGUUGAAAUUGGGAAGUUGAAUGUGGACAUAUCUAAAGAGGCUGGAAGCGAGUCAGAUUUGGUAGUUAGGGUUCAAAUACUACCCAUUGUCUUUAACGUUAUUGAGCCUCAAGAUAGUAAUCAAUUAUCGGAUUCUAGUGGUGGAGGAAGCAAUACUUCUGUCCAAGCAACUGUUGCUUCUACUGAAAAGACUUCUGCUACUUUUGUCUGUGAAAAAUUCUCUGUCUCUUGUACAUUUGGCCAUGAUAGGGAAAUAGGUAUAGCUAUAAAGAGUGUAGAGAUUUCCAUUGGAGAUAUCAGUGUGAAUUCGAAUGAGGGGUUGCUUGAGAAAAAAAAGAGUUCAUCAGAAUCUUCUUCUGACUCUCAGAAAAAUAUAGGAUCGAGCGAUGAUCCUAAUAGCAAAAAGCCACCUUCCAACAAGCAGGAAAAAAUUUCAGGCUAUAUUUCAAAGUUUCCUCAAACGGUAAACUUCAAUUUGUCAAAGGUGAACGUUAGUUUUACGCAUCGUGAACGUAAUCUUUAUGUUGAAAAUAACAUCAUCGGCAUCCAAUUCAAAAGCAUCAAAUCACGACCGUCAAAGGAUGGUGGGGAGAGUAGACGUCUUCAUUUUCAACUCGAAUUUGGUGAAAUUCAUCUUUUUAAAGAAGUUGGUUCUUCCAUCUUAGAGAUAUCGAGUGUGAAAAUGGCUUCUUUUGUGUAUGUCCCUGUACAGUCAGUUAUGCUUAUUAGAGCUGAAACAGAAAUUAAGAUUGGACGUUCACAAUGCAACAUCGUAAUGAGCAGAAUAAAGCCUUGGUUGCUCCUAAAGCCACCUAGUAAGCAGAAAAAACUGGUCAUCCGAGAAGAACCUUCUGUUGCAAAGCCAAAAUCUACUGAUGACAGUAAGACCAUCGUAUGGACAUGUAAUUUGUCAACUUCGGAGUUUACAAUAAUGCUUUUCAAUAUGGCUGCUUCUCCACUAUAUAAUGUUUGCUUAAAAUCAACACAUGUAACUGCAAACAACACUUCGAAGAUGGGAACUGCAGUGCAUUCUGAACUUUGUGAAUUAAGCCUCAAAAUGGCUAAUGAAAAUCAAGAAUGCUUGGAAAAAAGCAUUUUUGGUGCUGAAUCAAACUCUGCCUCCAUUUUUCACAUUGCAAAGAUUUGUGUGGAUUGGGGCAAAAAGGACAUCAAAUCCUCUGAAAAAGAUGCUCCAAAGUGUGUGCUAAGUUUAUCAGUUGUUGUGACAAGCCUGGCAAUUUAUCUAAGUUUUGAGCGUAUAGAAUCAUUCAUAUCUACUGCAAUAUCCUUUCAAGUUCUAUUUAAAAGCCUUUCUGGUCCAAAGAAAAAAUCCACAACUACCCGGUCACAUUCAUCAAAAAGUUCAGGGAAAGGAACUCAAAUGGUGAAAUUCAAUCUUGAAAAGUGUUCAGUGUAUGUAUUGGGGGAAACUGGAAUAGAAAACGCAGUUGUUCCAGACCCCAAGAGAGUUAAUUAUGGUUCACAGGGUGGUAGAGUUAUAAUAAGUGUGUCCGCAGAUGGUACCCCUCGUACUGCAACUGUAAUAUCCACUGUUUCCGAUGAGUACCAGAAGCUAAAGUACUGUAUUUCUCUUCAAAUCAUAGAUUUGAAGUUGAGUGUGAACAAGGAGAAAAGAUCCAAACAGGUAGAACUUGCGAAGGCCAGAUGCAUCUAUCAGGAGUAUUACGAUGAAACUAGGCCAGUAUCAAAGGUGGCAUUAUUUGACAUACGAUAUAUUAAAUUUGUACAGCGAUUAGGUGGCCUUAAAGAGAAUGCUGCAUGCUCUCUGUUCAGUGCCACUGAGAUUAGUUUGAAGUGGGAGCCUGAUGUACAUCUGUCUCUGAUUGAAUUGGUUUUGCAGCUAAAAUUAGCAUUACACAAUUCCAAGCUUCGGGAGCGGGGUAAUGAACAAGUUGAAGAUGUAGUGUCUGAUGUAAAAGAUUCUAAUAAGAAAAAUGAAGUUCCUCUUCCUUCGGGGCAUUCUGAAAAGAAGAAAGAUUCUGUUUUUGCUGUUGAUGUAGAAAUGUUGAAGAUAUCUGGUGUGCUAGGAGAUGGAGUUGAUGCUAUGGUUCAGGUGAAGUCAAUUUUCUCUGAGAAUGCUCGUAUAGGAGUGCUCCUUGAAGGACUCUUGUUUUAUUUUAAUGGGGCCAGACUCGUCAAGAGUAGCAGGAUGCAGGUUUCACGAAUUCCUAGUAAAUCUGAUGCUGCUAUAUCUGAUGCAAAGGGAGCUACGAUAUGGGAUUGGGUGAUUCAAGGUCUUGAUGUUCACAUUUGUAUGCCUUUCAGAUUAGAAUUGCGUGCUAUUGAUGAUGCUCUAGAAGACAUGUUGCGUGCAUUGAAACUUAUUGUUGCUGCAAAGACCAACAUGAUUUUUCCGGUGAAGAAAGACAGUUCUAAAGCUAAAAAGCCUAGUUCAGUGAAAUUUGGAUGUGUGAAGUUUUUCCUUCGCAAGUUAACUUUUGAUAUUGAAGAGGAACCGCUUCAGGGAUGGCUUGAUGAACACUACCCACUGUUGAAGAAGGAGGUUGGCGAAUUAGCUGUCAGGUUAAACUUCUUAGAUGAUUUUAUAUCCAAGGUUAAGAAAGAUCCAAACUCUACUGAUGAUACCAGUAAUUGUACUGAAGAAAAAAAAAUUUAUAUCAAUGAUAUUGAAGUUGAUCUAAACGAUCCUUCAGUUGUUGAAUCGAUGCGAGAAGACAUUUAUAGACGAACAUUCCGAUCAUAUUACCAGUCAUGCCAAAACAUAAAGUUCUAUGAGGGAUCAGGUGCUUAUAAAAAUGAUGAAUUUCAAUCUGGUUUCAAGCUCAGUACUUCAAGAUCUUUUGUUCUUUCAGCAUAUGCAACAGACUUAGAUGUAACCUUGACAAAAAUCGAUGGUGGAGAAGAUGGGAUGAUUGAAAUUCUGAGGACGCUUGAUCCUGUUUGUCGUGAAUUAGAGAUACCAUUUUCCAGACUGUAUGGAGCAAACAUUCUCUUGAACACUGGUUCUCUUGUGGCUCAAAUUCGAGAUUACACAUUUCCUCUCUUUGCCGGAACUUCUGGCAAAUGUGAAGGUCGUCUUGUCAUGGCUCAGCAGGCAACUAGCUUUCAACCUCAAAUGGUUCAAGAGGUCUAUGUUGGGGAAUGGAGAAAGGUGAGUAUGCUUCGAUCAGCCACCGGUACUACUCCGCCGAUGAAGACAUACACAGAUUUGACGUUACGUUUCCAGAAAGGUGAAGUGUCAUUUGGGGUGGGUUAUGAACCAGUUUUUGCUGAUAUUAGUUAUGCUUUCACCGUGGUGCUACGGAGGGCUAAUCUGAGUCUUAAGACUCCUGGGCCACUAAUUUUGCCACCCAAAAAGGAGAAGAGUUUGCCAUGGUGGGAUGACAUGAGAAACUACAUUCAUGGAAGAAUUACCUUAUUAUUUUCUGAAACACACUGGAAUAUUUUGGGAAGUUCAGAUCCUUAUGAAAAGUUCGAUAAACUUGUACUUUUGACUCGUUAUAUGGAAAUUCAACAGUCAGAUGGUCGCAUUUUUCUUUCUUCCGAAGAUUUCAACAUUUACUUGACCAGUUUGGAGAGUUUGGCAACCAAAAAUGGUGCCAAAAUUCCACCAGGUGUUUAUGGUCCAUUCUUUGAAGUUCCAGUUUUUAUACUUGAAGUUAUAAUGGAUUGGGGUUGUGAGUCUGACAAGCCAUUGAAUCAUUAUUUGUUUUCACUUCCAAUUGAAGGGAAGCCUCGUGAGUUCUUAUUUGACCCCUUCAGAUCCACUGCUCUUUCGAUUAAAUUUAGCAUGUCAUUUAGAUCCUUUCCUCCUCCAUCAGACAAACAAAGUUCAUCAUUAUCUGUUGCAAAAGAUAGUACAGAAGGAGAUGCUAAUGUUCAUCAGCCUCCUCGCACUUCUCAGAAUGCUUCACCAACAAUAAACCUCGGUUCUCAUGAUCUAUCAUGGCUGACAAAAUUUGGCACCUUGAUGUAUCUUCCCCCACAUAAACUCCGCUUUUUCUCGCGUUUCCCUCGUUACGGUUGCCCAAGAAUUGUCAGAUCAGGCAACCUUGCACUUGAUAAAGUUAUAACUGAGUUUAUGAUGCGCAUAGAUGGCACCCCAAUUCGUGUAAAGAACGUGCAUCUUCAUGAUGAUGAUCCAGCCAAAGGACUGACAUUCUCUAUGACAAAGCUCAAGGUUGAAGUGUGUUUUGGGAGGGGCAAGCAAAAGUUUACUUUUGAAUGUUACCGUCCCCUUCUUGAUCUUGUUUACCUAGGUGUUGAUCUUCACAUGCCCAAAGUUUUCCUUAGCAAAGAAGAUUGCAGCAGUAUUACUAAAUUGAUUAGCAUGAAACAAAAAGGCUCACAAACUGCAUCCAAGAAAACUCCCUCGGAAAAAGGUUGCAUGACACAGAAGGAUCCUGACGAUGGAUUCUUUUUAUCUGGUGAUUACUUCACGAUAAGAAAGCAGUCCCCAAAGGCUGAUCCUGAUACUUUGAUAGCCUGGCAUGAAGCAGGAAAAAUACCUUCUGACAAUACCUAUGUACGACCACAGCGUGGAAAUCGAAAUGAAACCGACGAGCAAGCGCAAUCAGAUCCAAGUGAUGAUGAAGGAUACAAUGUGGUAAUUGCAGACAGUUGUCAGCGUGUGUUUGUCUAUGGUCUCAAGCUUCUGUGGAAUAUUGAGAACAGAAAUGCUAUUUGUUUCUGGGUUGCUAGUCUUUCCAAAGCUGCCGCACCUGCCAAGCCUUCUCCUUCUCGGCAGUAUGUGCAGAGAAAGUUACGUGAGGAGAAGAAAAAACAAGAAGCUGCUGAAACUGAUCAAGAUGGUGCAGGUGAAACUGCUCAAGAUGAAGGAACUGAAGUCCAUCCAGAUGAUGGAGCUGAAGUUCAUCAAGAUGAUGGAACUGAAAAUGCUGAUGAACCAGAGGAGGGGACUCGUCACUUCAUGGUUAAUAUUGUUGAACCACAGUUUAAUCUUCACUCAGAGGAUGCACAUGGAAGGUUUUUGCUUGCUGCUGUAAGUGGACGAAUUUUAGCCCAGUCAUAUCACUCGGUUCUUCAAGUUGGUUUAGAGAUGAUUGAGCAAGGACUAAAUAAAACUGAGGGACAAAAUAGUGAGUACCAGCCUGAAAUUGCAUGGAAAAGAUGGGAGUUAUCUGUCAUGUUGGAGCAUGUGCAGGCCCAUGUUGCACCAACAGAUGUUGAUCUAGGGGCUGGAGUGCAUUGGUUGCCAAAAAUUCAAAGAGGGUCACCAAAAGUAAUGCGUACAGGUGCUCUUCUUGAGAGAGUUUUCAUGCCUUGUGAUAUGUAUUUUCAGUUCACAAGGCACAAAGGAGGCACUCCAGAUCUGAAGGUGAAACCGCUGAAGGAGCUCACCUUCAAUUCUCAUAAUAUAACAGCAACAAUGACUUCUCGCCAGUUUCAGGUCAUGCUAGAUGUGCUGUGCAAUCUUCUCCUUGCACGGGUUCCCAAGCCUCGAAAAAGUAGCAUGACUCUUUUUGCUGAAGAUGAUGAAGAUAAAGAAGAAGAAGCAGAUGAGAUGGUACCAGAUGGUGUUGAAGAGGUGGAACUUGAAAAGAUCAACCUUGAAAGGAAAGAGAGGGGUCAAAAUUUGAUUCGUGAUGAUAUAAGAAAAUUGUGUCUUUGGCAUGACCUUUCAAGAAAUUCACACCCAGAAGAGGAAGCAGACUUGUGGAUGAUAGACGGUGGAAUAGACAAGCUGGUCCAAGAACUGGAGAAAGAACUUGUAAAUGCGAAAAAAUUUAGGAAGGAAGCAUAUGCAUCAUUAAGAGUGGCUAUGCAUAAAGCUGCACAACAGAGGUUAAUGGAGAAGGAGAAGAACAAAAGUCCUUCAUAUGCAAUGCGCAUAUCUAUGCAAAUUAACAAAGUUGUUUGGAGCAUGAUCCUUGAUGGUAAACCCAUUGCUGAAGUCGAGAUCAAUGACAUGAUCUACGACUUCGACCGGGAUUAUAGGGAUAUCGGCAUUUCUCUGUUUACCACAAAAUUUGUUGUUUUCAGAAACUGCCUGUCUAAUGCCAAAUCUGAUACAAUUCUGUCAGCAUGGAAUCCCCCUCCCGAUUGGGGAAAAAAAGUGAUGGUUAAACUUGAUGCGAGACAGGGAGCUCCAAAGGAUGGAAAUUCUCCUUUUGAACUUUUCCAUGUAGAGAUUUAUCCCCUUAAGAUCCAUUUGACAGAAACAAUGUACAGAAUGAUGUGGGUCUAUUUCUUCCCAGAAGAAAAGAAGGAUUCACAACGCCGACAGGAGGUUUGGAAGGUUUCAACCACAGCUGGUGCAAGGCGUAUGAAAAAAGGUUCAACAGCUGAUGGUUCGGCUUCAGGCACUGAUCCACCAGCAAGAUCUGGCUUCUCUGCAAUGCUGUUUCCCACAGUCAAUCCACUUGCUUCCCAAGCUGACUCAGCCCAAGCAUCCAAAGCACAAAAUGCCAAAGCUAAUCCUGCUACUGGUCUAAGCCCCGAGUUGAAAAGGUCAUCAUCUUCUGAUAAACCAAAGGAAGAGGCUGUAGCAGAAUCUGCAGCUGAUGAAGAAAAGAAGGUAGCUGUGACACCAGAAGAGAAGAAAGCUAGACCACAAAAGAUAAUGGAAUUUCACAACAUCAAAAUUAGCCAGGUGGAACUGUGUGUUACAUAUGAGGGGUCAAGAUUUGUUGUGAGUGAUAUGAAAUUAUUGAUGGAUCAAUUUCAUCGAGUUGAGUUUACCGGGACUUGGAAAAGACUCAUCUCACGAGUUAAGAAGCAUAUCAUAUGGGGAGUUCUUAAGUCUGUGACUGGAAUGCAGAUUAAGAAAUUUAAAGACAAAGGUCAGGUUCAGCUCCCUAGUUCCAGUGGUCCAGAAGUGGAUGUUGCUUCUAUUGACAGUGAAGGAAAAUCUGAUAAGCUUCCACCAUCUUUUCCUAAGCGUCCUACUGAUGGAGCAGGUGAUGGAUUUGUAACAUCCAUUAAAGGAAUAUUUAGCCAUCAAAAACGCAAGGCAAAGGCAUUUGUGCAAAAGACAAAGAAAAAUGAAGGAGAGAAUGAAAUUCAAGGGGAUCUGAAUGAAAAUGAUACAGAGAUCUCUCCUUUUGCUAGGCAGCUCACGAUCACACAAGCCAAAAAGCUUAUUAAGAAGCACACCAUGAAGUUGCAGGCUAAAGGACAAAAGGGUUCUCCCUUACAACAAAUAGUAGAAGAAGCAUUACCAUCAUCUCCACAAGAAGAGACCAUUUCAUUUGACAGUGAUUCUUCGAGUGAAUCUUCAUCCGAUGAUGAAAGUUUACCAGAACAGAUUAUGUAAAGGAAUAAUUCUUAGUUUUUAUGUUGAUCAUGAACUACGUUAUUCCUUAUUCUUAAAUAACUAAAUCAGCAGAUAAACAGCUAACAGAAAUGGAAACAUAGAACUUUGAACUUCAAAUUUAGAUAACAUGUGAUUGAUGUCGAUGUCUAUUCAGUGUAUUAUUCCCUGGCAACC